GCGUAUUCCCCACCUGAUGAACAAUCAGCGGUCCCGAAUUCGUCAUUCCCACGUCCCAUAUAAGACGGACUGUUAUCGCGCUCGAGCUGCCUGCCACGGCCCACCGGACAAUCGUGUAGAUCCUCCACAUCGAGUCGCCAUGGCUUCCGCCACAGGUAUUCCCCAGGAACACCCUGAUACCGUCCAAGAGCGCGAGGAUGCGCCUCUGUUGGGAACCCCGGGCAAUGUGCCCCAGAAAGAGAGUGCUGCUAUCUACCAGAACCUCUUUACAGGCACCGCCAGCGCUGCCCAGGUCGGAAUCUGGAUGCUUGCCAUCCUCGUCUGGACUGGGAUCUUGACGCAUCCGUUGAUCUUCUUCUCGUCUCAUCCACUCCUCAACUCCGCGGCGCUCCUCCUGCAAGUCCAAGCAGCCCUCAUCCUGCAACCCACCACCACUCCGCACCAAAAGCGCCUGGGAACCAUCAUCCAUUACGUCAUCCAGACCAUCAGCGUGCUCGCCUUCAUCACCGCCUUCAUCAUCAUCGAAAUCAACAAGGGCGACCACGCUCGCUUCACCUCCCCGCACGGCGUGCUGGGUCUCAUAACCUACAUCGUCAUUAUCCUUCAGGCCCUCGGCGGCGUCGUGCAGUACCUCGUCCCUGUUCAGGUCCUGGGCAGUGUGGAGCGGGGAAAGAGCCUCUACAAGUACCAUCGGAAGUCCGGAUACGUGCUACUGCUCCUGGAGUUGGCGACCGUGGCGGCGGCAACGCAGACGACGUAUAACCUGAACGUGCUGGCAAUUCCGUUGUGGGGAGUGCUGGUGGCAGCGGUGCUGAUUGUGGUGGGAGUGGGAGCCAGAAUCAAGAAGCAUAAGUUGGGGCUGUGAGAUGUGACAUUAUUUAUGAUUAUGAUGGGUACGAUGGCCUGGAUUCGGGUCUUUGCACAAUUGGUGGGAUUCUCAUGAUAGGCACAGUUUGUAUAGUGAGGUAGUGCACAGAUGAGUAGCUGAACAAAGCACAUUGGAGGAUCUUUUGCAGGUUGAUAAGAGAC